CGCCCUAGCCACACUCAACAGAGCGUUCCUUGUUGCGCCAGUCGGAUCCGCAAUCAUGCAGGAAGUUUGGCUCUUGUUCGCUAGCGAAGGAAAGAAAUCAGCCCCGUCGAGUCAACUUGCAGAUCUUGAGCUGUUCGACUCCGCCUCCCGGGGAGCUUUUGGCAGUCUAGCUCUUUUGUUUUCGAUCCGUCCCCGAAGGCUUCUGGCUGGAGUGGGAGGCUUAAUAAUGGUGGUGUCUCUAGCGUUUGGUACCUUCACGCAGCAGCUUGUCGCAUACGAUCGCCUGGUUGUGGCUCCUGCCGACUCUGAUUUGGCGCCGGGCAAUAUCCCACGGACCGAGAAGUACAAUCGAUACCAGGGCAACCCGGCGGAAGGAUGUACGUUGGCGUGGGUUACAUUGCACGAGUCGUCGCUUAUCUUCCAUCAGAUUCUAGUCCAACUUUCCAAAUGAUCGCUGGAUUUUACAAUGGCGUACUCGGCGGGUCCAUUCCACCUAUUACCGCUCCUUGCGCUUCUGGCAACUGCACUUGGCUCUUGACACCUUCACUCGCCGUCUGCGGCAGUUGUCAAGUGAACAUCACACUGCCCCCUCCAAGAUGCUACACUACUUGUCCCCCAUCGCAAAAUUGCAGCAGCCUCGGCGCGGCACUUUUCGCGUUUUGUGACUACACCCUACCGUCGGGCGCUGUUGCUACAAUAUGGAACUUUGGAAACAAGACUGCGACAAAUCUGUUCUCCACCUGGGGACAAACCGGCUUCCAGUCAAUCUCAAGCAAAGGUGCUUACUAUAACAGCAGCAAAGAGGACCGCAUGUACAUUGCCAACUUCGACCUGUUCGGCGUACCGUUUAACUCAUACCAGCCCACGUACCGAAGCGCAGCCGUGAACUUCACUCACCAUGAAUGCGCUCUGUGGUUCUGCGUCGAGACUUAUAACGAUUCUGUGGUGGAUAACAAAUACAUCCACAACGUCGUCUCGACAAUCAACGAGGCAAAUAUGAGCUCUCGAUCCUUCACUUUAGUAGGCUCUGCCGCAGACCCUAAGAACGCGACGACAUACAGCACUGCAGGCAGCGUAGCAGUCGACGUCAUCCAGAUGUGGAUGAGUAAAGAACUCAAUGGCUCGAUCGGGCUUUUAGAGACAGCACAGAACUUCUCCAGCGACGUGAUGGGAGGUGUUUGGAAUGGGACACGAAACCCACAAGCCUGGAUUCAAGAUAUCGCAACCAGCUUGACCAACGUCGUACGUGUGUACAACCAGACCAAUCGGGACGAAUACAACGGCACGGCGUACCAGCUUGGUGUCAAUGUUCGCUGGACUUGGAUCUCCCUGCCGACGACGCUGGUAGUGCUUUCAAUUGUGUUCUUGCUUACGGUCAUGGUGAGGACUGCGUUAAGUCCGGUGGCGCCGUGGAAGGGGAGCCCGUUGACGUUGCUGCUGUUCGAUAUUGAUCAUGCUGCGAAGGAGGCAAGCUACGGGCAGGUGUACAAGUACAAGGGCAUCCAGCGCGCCGUCGGUGGGAUGACAGUCAGGAUGAAGGAGCAGCCUGGCCGAGCGUGGACUUUCAAAGCGACGUAAGCACUGUGCUUGCGUAC